AUGAAGUCCUUUGCCGCCGUCGCAGCCUUUGCUGCCGCAGUCCUCGCAACACCUACACCUACCACCCCAGAGUUGGCUCCACGAGCAUCGGCGUCUUUGGAACCCAUCACAGUCAAGGGAAAUGCAUUCUUUAAAGGAACUAGCAGAUUCUACAUGCGUGGUGUGGAUUGGCAGCCAGGAGGAUCUUCAAAUCUGGUCGACCCUCUUGCAGACACCGCUCUCUGCACACGAGAUAUCGCGAACUUCAAGACCUUGGGCCUCAACACCGUCCGUAUCUACACAGUCGACAACACUGCCAACCACGACACGUGUAUGGGACUUCUCGCUGAUGCCGGUAUCUACUUGGUUCUCGAUGUCAACUCCCCUCUAUACUCCAUCAACCGUGCUAAGCCAGGACCUUCUUACAACGCCGUCUACCUUCAAAACAUCUUUGCUACAAUUGAUGCAUUCGCCAAGUACUCCAACACAUUGGCUUUCUUCUCCGGUAACGAGGUUAUCAACGAUGAUCUUACCACCAACUGUGCUCCAUACGUCAAGGCGGUUACCCGUGAUAUGAGACAAUACCUUGGAAGCCGUGGUUACCGUCAAAUUCCUGUCGGAUACUCUGCCGCUGAUGUCAACUCUAACCGUCUCGAGAUGGCUCAAUACAUGAACUGUGGUAGUGAUGAUGAGCGCAGUGAUUUCUUCGCUUUCAACGACUACUCAUGGUGUGAUCCAUCCAGCUUCACCACCUCUGGCUGGGACCAGAAGGUGAAGAACUUUACUGGAUACGGUCUUCCACUCUUUUUGUCCGAGUAUGGUUGCAACACCAAUGCCCGUCAAUUCGAGGAAGUCACAUCUCUCUACAGCACCCAAAUGACUCCCGUCUACUCCGGUGGUCUCGUCUACGAGUACUCCGAGGAGGGAAGCAAAUACGGUCUCGUCCAAAUCUCUGGUUCAACCGCCAAACCCCUUGCCGAUUUCACUGCUCUCCAAAGCGCUUUCUCCAAGACCGCCAACCCAUCGGGUGACGGAGGAUACAACUCUACCGGUGGAGCUUCCAACUGCCCUAAGAAAUCCGCCAACUGGGACGUCGCCGAUGACAGUCUCCCAGCCAUCCCAUCUGCAGCUGCUGCAUUCAUGAAGUCUGGUGCUGGAACUGGUGUCGGACUCCAAGGAAAGGGAUCCCAAAACUCUGGUGGAACCUCCACUGGUACCGCAGCACCAGGUUCCGGCUCAGUCACCGCCGUCGCAAGUGGCACAUCUGCCUCCGCAACCAAGAGCAGCGCCUCUUCGCUCCAGGGAUCCAUGAACUUCCAGCCCAUGAUCGUCAGCGGUCUUGUUGUUGCGUUUACUUUUGUCGGUGCGGCCUUGCUUUAG